UCGUCAGUAGUUCAAACACAAAGGAAAUUAGUAGUUGUGUCUGUGGCAGUGUCAGUGGUAGCUACGAAUACUACGCAGUAUUUACUCUUUGCAAAUAACAUCAAACAUUUGAACAGUAUAAUAUUAUAUUAGUUUUGGUAUAUACAUACAAUAUCAUUAUUAUUUAUUGAUGAGUCUCAUGUGGAGCAGGGGUUGGCGACAAUGACUUAUGUGUGCCGUAUUCCAAGCAUAGUUCGGGGUGUUAUGUCCAUAAAAGAGAUGGAUUUCGUAAAACCUGUUACGCCGUGGACAAGUGGCCUAAAGCAAGUUUUGAAAUCCAACGGAUGUAAACCUACAACAUAUAUAAACAGCUGUCAUACUAACAAUUUUAUUGAAUUCCUACAAUGUUUACGAAAGGAAGAAGUGUUAUGUGAUAUAAAGUUAAAAACAGAUGAUGGUGUAAUAGUGUGUGCACAUAAAGUUGUUUUAGUUUCGGCUUGUCCAUAUUUCCGUACAAUGUUUACCAAAUUUGCCGAAGCGGAUAAAUAUGUUGUAAAUAUAAGAGAUAUAGAUUCUAACAUUUUACAACUGUUGAUUGAUUAUAUUUAUACUUUCAAAAUAAUGGUGACUGAAGAAAACGUAAUGGGUCUGUUAUCAGCUGCUAUAUUCUUACAGUUGGAUUAUGUAAAAGGCGUAUGCGUUAAGUUUUUACAAAAACAAUUGAACACUUCAAAUUGUCUUGAUAUCAAAGAAUUUGCCGAAUUUUAUAACUGUACGGAAUUGUUGUCAAGUUCUGAAGAAUACAUAAAAACACAUUUUUUAAAAUUUGUUGAAACAGAGGAGUUUCUAUCUUUGUCUUGUCAAGAAGUGAUUAAUCUAAUCUCCCGUGAUGACAUUAACGUCCCAUUUGAAGAAAAAAUAUUUGAAUGUGUUAUUAAUUGGGCAAAACAUGAAUUAGCUUGUAGAAAUGACAGUUUGCCUAACCUAAUGGAACAUGUUCGUUUGUCAUUGGCACCCCCAGAGUAUUUAUCAAAAAAUGUAGUUGAUGAACCUCUUUUUAAAAAUAAUAUUAAAUGUAAGGAUUUUGUCAUUGAAGCUUUAAAUUUCCAUAUCGUAAAGAAACAUCGGCACUUUAAUAUGCCCCGAUCAGUUCGUUAUUCACCAAGGCAGACUGGAAUCAAAUUUCUUCUUGCCAUGUUAUCUAGAUGUGGAAACUGUUAUACAAGCUGGUAUGAUCCAACAACCAAACUAUUGCAUAAAAUAAAAAAACUAAAGAUGGGGUAUGAAGUAUGUGCUCUAGCCUUAAUAAAGAAUCAUUUAGUUUUUGCUUUGAGCUGUCAAGAUAUGAAUUUAAGAUCAGUUAAAAUGCUUGAUUUAUGUUCACGGUCACUUCAAUGGAAACCAAAUGUUGACAUGUUAGUCGAUCGAGGUAGUUUUGGAGUUGGUGUUAUAGAUGAUCGUAUAUAUGCUGUUGGCGGAGAUAAUGAUUUGACCGAAUUAAAUACUGCAGAAGUUUUUGAUGUGAGUGUAAAAGAAUGGCAAUUAAUAUCAAGUAUGUGUACUGAGAGAAUGGGCCCCGGUGUUGGAGUAAUCGAUAAUCUUUUAUACGCGGUAGGAGGUUACAAUAACGGAUGUGCUUUGAAAACUGUUGAAUGUUAUGAUCCCUCUCUUGACAAAUGGACACCAGUCGCACAAAUGUCUACAAGUCGUCGACACCAUGGUAUAGGAAUCUUAGACGGUGUUAUGUACGCUAUUGGUGGUGACUGUCAGGAACAUGCUAAUUCGGUGUAUCUUAAAAGUGUCGAGGCCUAUACACCAAUUGCUAAUGCAUGGUCUCCAAUAGCUGAUAUGCACUUAAGCCGAUACGAUCCAAGUGUUGUCACAUUUAAUGGUUUGUUGUAUGUUAUGGGUGGAUCUGAUGGAUCUAGUCGGUUGGCCUCUUUAGAAAUAUACGAUCCCAACACCAACACUUGGACUCUGGAACAGUUGCCAACAAGUGGAGAUGACAUUCAUGGUGCAGUGGUCAUUGAUAUGCCAUCAAAUUUGAGAUCUUAUUAGCUUAUACACGGUCUUAUUGUUGGUUUUUGUAUAUUAUAUUCAUAUUAAUUUAUAAUACAUGAAAACGUUUUAAGUAUUUUUUACA